GCGACAUUUUGACAUACGUAACACAAGCAAAUUUUCCUAAAAACCGCUGUAAAUUGAUAUCACGUAUCUCGGCCAGAGAGGUGUCGAGAUCUACGUGUCGAGAUGCUCUCAUGGGCAGCGAUCAUGGUGCUAGAGCGGCUCAGGUCCAUGUACUAACGGUAGUUCAUUCAAUAAUUUCCUUCAGCGGUUAUCACGACGCGCGCGAGUAUAAAUUAACGAGUGCAAACAAAAUGGGAUAUAAGUGCUGGCCUACAAAUACCUGGGCAGACAAUUUGACAAAAGUUUGAUGAACAUUCAUGCAAACCAAAAAUCUAGGCAUUUUUUGCUGUGAUAAAGAAGUGUGUAAUCAAGUGAGCGUCGUUUUGUUUGUAAUCUGACUCGUGAAUCAAGAUUAUAAACAACCUCAAGCAAUUUUGGUUAGUCGAAUGCAAUUUGUUGCUUUUUUAGAAACUUUUAACACAUUUGUGUUGUGUGUUCGUGUUCGAAAAUCCAAUUUUGAUUGAGCGUGGGUGGUGGACGAAUUAUCAACAGCUUAAGUUGAGCGCGGUUCAUGCUCGCACGUCUAGCCCAGUGGUCUGGUCUAGUUCGGCGCUUCCCCCGUCUUUCGAAGCGCUUCGAGGCGUCGUCAGUCGUCGCUCGGCGAAAACAGCUGCUGCUCAGUUCAGUUGCUUCAGUGUUUGGCGGACGGUCGAUCGAUAAUUCGCAUGUGCGCGACAACGGAGGCGUGGUAAAUAAUUAUUUUACAUAAAUAACUCAAUCAUCACAAAGCGCAACGCUACAUUGCAACAAAACAAUUUGUUUAUUUCCAUCACCUGGGGGAGAAAAACAACCGAAAACAUCCACAACCAGUGCUUUACAACUUGUUACAACUUGUUGAUUUUCAGUUUGGGUGAAAACAAUCAACACACAAGUCAUCAGCACGCAGAGAAAAGAAAAUUCGUCAAAAAAUUCAUUAUUUGAUUAAAAUUUAAAAUUAAAAAAUAAUUCGUGUAAUGAAUAACCAGUGAAGUGUGUCAUUGUGUGAAAUUGGCCGGGCGAUGCACCGGUGAGCGCGCGUCCGGGCACCGAACGACGACGAUGAGCAGUUGGGCGGCAAGAAUGCAUCGGCGCGCCGCCACGUUCGGCAAUGUGGUCACGUCGUGCGGCCACCCGUCCGGGCCCUACCCGCGCCGCCUUGACAAAGUCAAAUUUGGCGUGCCCCUCGAGGAGGUCUGCAAGAACGAUAUACCCGCGCCGCUGCUGGUGUUGAUAUUAAAGCUUAACAAAGAAGCGCCGUACAGAAAAGAUGUCUUCCGCGCACCGGGCAACCAGGGCGCCAUGAAGAAGCUCACGCACUUCCUGCAGACCGGCCGACUCAUCAAUAUGGAGAAUUUUAGUGUCUACACCAUUGCCAGCGUUCUCAAAAAGUUUCUGCGCAAGAUACCCGGUGGUGUUUUCGGUAGAGAUAUCGAGCAUCAGUUUUUCGACAUCAUCGAGAUGAGUGACGUGCAGAAACAACGCGAUGAUAUUCACAGAAUAAUUGCAUCACUUCCAGUCUACACCCAAAGAUUAUUAGUGCUGUUAUUUGGCACAUUUCGAGUGAUUUCCGCGAAUAGUGAUCGCGCCGCCACAGGAAUGACGAGCGAAGCGUUAGGAGUGAGCGUGGCGCCCAGCUUCUUUCAUACCUGCGUCAGUGAUGGCAAAACUGCUAAAAUGGAAGACGUGAUGCGGUUCAAGGCCGAAGUGAAUGUCGCCACACGAGUGAUGAAACACCUUAUUGAAGAGUUUGCCACAUCGGACCUCUUCGGACGCGAGAAUUACGAGUUUUACGCACGUGUUACCGGACGAGUCCUGCGCGUGCAGGGCGAAUGGAUCUGCUCGUUCCAGUAUCCCCCUUCAGCGAACAAGAAUCAAAUGUUUGGCAAUCACCUGAGCGCACUGGAGCAGUACUACUUCCUAGGGCAGAUAUCAAUGGAGGUUGAAAAGACCUGGUUGCAAUGCGAAAGCGACCGGUGGCGCACAAAGUACCGACUCGAAGCGAUGGCGCAGGACGAGUCACAGUCGACACCCGCGCUGGUGGAAACAGGACUACCGACCACGUCGGUUAGCUCCACCAGUCUGGGUAUGAUUGCCGAGCAUUCUCUUCUUGAGUCCUGCACGAGACUUUCCAUUUCCUUAGAGCAAAACGGAUUUUUCCAGGGUAAUAGCACUUCGUCCAGUGCCAGUCAUUCCUCUAAAACAAGCCAAAGCCAUUCAGGGCCGCACAUGACUCUUGAUGAGCUGCGAGAUGUCAAUCGCUAUGCAGAAAGCACUCGCAGUUUGAGUUAUCUUCCAGAGGUGCAUGAACGGCAAACUGAACGCAUGAAAACGCGCUCGCAAUGGUUCCUAGCGCCUUCGGUGGAAUGCACCAGUUGUGGCGGUUCUUUGGAUAUUCCAUUGGAUGAAAGCGACAUGUCUGCACUUACCAGUGCUCUUUUACGCAAAUCAUCUUCAGGAACCAUUGUUGGUGCAGUUGGGCUGUCAUUAAGUGCAGAAUCAGUACAAAAACGGCCAAGCAUUCGUCGCUCCAACUCGCGCGACAAACGCUCCUACUUGCACCGAUCCACAAGCCGACGAGCGAAAGUAACCAGUUCACGUUCAAAUAGUUUUAAAGGACGCGAAUUGAAAGCGACGAACUCACGUUCCGGCAGCUUCAAACUCAAGUACGAAAACAUACCGCGAUCGUGUUCAUUCAAAAGCAAAGCGGAGUUGUGUUCAUGCCCUUCAGACGCUGGCAGCGGUGCGCCUGAUGUGAACAACGUCGGCGGUCAAGCGCUGGACACUGGCGUCAAGACCGUACCGGAGACGAUACACGUUACACUCACCUACAAGCCGCGAAUUUGAAUACACAACACAUAAUAACACAAAAAAAGAAAACGCUUAUUACAAAGACAACAACAACUUAACUUGUGAGUGCCAACGAUUUAUUCAUAUACAAUACUUGUAUUUUUAUAUUCUAUACAAACAAACACGAAACCAAAUUGAGAAACAACGCGCGCACGCGCUGCGCGCUUUUUUGUUCAACGUUUUAUAUUUUAAACUUAUUAAAAUUAUUGAUAUGAUAGUGUGUAAUGUGAAGAUGAGCGGAUGCGUGUUAUUAUUAAUGUUUAAUAACUUUAUAUGUGACGAUAUGAUGAUGCAAGAACGGAUGAGAGACUAGAUUGUAUAAGAUUGACCAAUGAUUUUAAUAUUUGGAUGAAAUGUACAUCUUGAGUCAUUCCUCGAACCGUUUUUAUUUUGUAUUUGUAUGUAAACAUCACCGCGUUUGUAUUCGUACCUUUUAGUUAAUUUUAAUCUACUGCUUAGAGAAGAUUCGCUGUGUAAUUAUGAAAUUUACGUGCACAUUACUUUGUUCAAUUCGAUUUUCUAAUUUAAAUGUACAACACUCAAAUCAUGACUGGAACAUUCGCUAUUUACUACAGGGUAACUGUUUGCAAAAAAAAUGAAAACGUAGUGUUAAAUGUGCUGACGUUAGGAAAUGUUUUUCUUGUGCAUUUAUACUCGCUAACGAUGUAAGACGCGACAAAUCUUCUAUUCAGUCAUGUUUCCAUACUUAUUUGUGUUCCAUUUUAACCAAGAGCAAUCAUAAGCUAAGUUUUAAAGACGCCGCAAACAUACUUUGUGUUAUUUAUAACGUAAUUGUAUUUUUAUCUCUUUUAAAUACGUCUCUUAAUUAUUAUCAUUGAUACUCGUAACACCAAGAUUUAUAAGUCUUUAGCACAAACAAAACUUGCAGACAAACAUUGAUUUAAUGUUGCAUUUAUAAUUCGUUCGUUUUUUAUUUUAUUUAAAUAUUCUGUGCCGAACUAUUGACGUGCGUUUUUUGGAAAAUUAAUCUUUUGAUGAAUAUUUAAUUUGUAACGUAAUUAAUGUAAUUAUUAUACUCGAAUCGACGAUAUGAGAAAAAUGCGCCAAAGAAAUCAUGAUAUAUUUAAAGUAAAUAUUGAGAUAUUUCUACAAACAUGCAAAUUGGGAAAUGUGAAGGAAUUAAAGCGAUAUUUACGUAUUAGCACGCACAUGUACACGUUUAAAAUAAAAAUGGAUCAUUAUUGA